CAGUGUUCCCCCCUCCCCCACCAGCCGUGCUCCUGUUUCACUCAAAGAUGGCGUCGGCUCUAGAACCCCUGGUCUGUGGCUGCAUUUUUAGGCUUGUUGUUGUCUCCGUUUCGCACGGUUUUGGCACCUUCUCCGCGGCGGCUCGACACGAAAUUCCGGGUUCCUCAGAGAGGAGAGUGCAAUAGGCAUGAAGGUGAUCAGCCCUGGCUGCUCCCUGGGGUGAGAUAUCUGUUCUGUCCCAGGCCCACACUGCUGGAAUAGUGAGACACCGAGAGAGAACAAGGAACGAGGAAACCUGGAUGCAGGAAAAAUCUUGUGGAAUUUUAUACUCCACAGAAAAGAGAUUUACUGUGUUGCCCUCACCUUUAUCAUUGAAACACUAAUUUCACAUCUCGGAGACCAUGAUCAUCUUCCACCACUCACAUUGAGAAUUGGCUAGUUUGCCACAACCAGGAACAGUUAUUGUCCAUAUUUAGGUAUUUUGCAACAGGAAAAGUGGGAAACACCUUAUUUUUGUGAAAGCCUCUUCUAUUAUCAAGAUCUAUUCUACCCUACCUUGUGUGCUGAGUCGGAGUUUAAGUUGCUGAUACACCUGCUACUUCCUCCUCCCCCUGCUUCUUGCCAGGGACCUUCACCUGGCUGGGAGCGGGUGGUGGGUAGACUGCAUUUUACCAGGUGGAGGAUUGGCUCAGGGGGUUUGUGCUAUGGUCAGCUGCUCAUUACCGUCCUGCUCAUACUCAGCUUCUGAGGGACUCUCUGUGCGACCCCAGGACAAGGGAUAGUAAGCAGGCAGAGGGCAAGAGGAAGAGGAGGAGGCGGCGGCGCUACGGCGCAGGCCAGGUGUUUCCUUGGCUUACACUACCUGUUUUUCGUGUGUGGUCAUUGCGGUAAGACCGCAGGGCUGCACCCACUCAGACCGCAGCCAUGGUGAAACUGGCAAACCCAAUGUACACUCAAUGGAUCCUAGAGGCCAUCAAGAAGGUGAAGAAGCAGAAGCAGCGACCAUCAGAGGAGCGCAUUUGCAAUGCGGUCUCCAUGUCCCAUGGUCUGGACCGCAAAACGGUUCUGGAGCAGUUGGAGCUUAGCGUUAAGGAUGGUACCAUCCUUAAGGUCACCAACAAAGGUCUCAACUCCUACAAGGACCCCGACAACCCUGGGCGCUUGGCUCUGCCCAAGCCCAAAGGUAGUGGCAGCUCUGGAGGUGGAGGAGGAGGCGGCGGCGGCGGCGGCGGCGGUGCGCGGGCGUACAGCAGCGCACGGUGUGGUGGUGUGUAGUGUGGGUUGGUCUCUCACUCCCAUUCAGGGAAGAAACCGGGACUCGACUGGAACAAGUUGAUUAAGCGGGCUCUGGAGGGGCUCCAUGAGCCUGGUGGCUCCAGCUUAAAGAACAUUGAACGCUUUCUCAAGUGCCAGGCUGAUGUGGCGGCCUACUUGUCAGGCAGCGGCUCCAUGGGGCCUGGCCUCUUCCACCAGCAGCUGAGGGUGGCCCUGAAGAGGGCCGUGGCCCAUGGGCGCGUGGCUAAGCAGGGUCCACUGUUCCAGCUCGUCAGCCGCAGCAGCUCCCUGGACGACGGGACUGGGACGGUGUCUCUGGAGUCACUGCCACCUGUCCGGUUGUUGCCCCAUGAGAAAGACAAGCCGGUGGCUGAGCCCAUUCCCAUCUGCAGCUUCUGCUUGGGGACCAAGGAGCAGAAUCGCGAUAAGAGGCCAGAGGAACUCAUCUCCUGCGCCGACUGUGGCAAUAGUGGCCACCCGUCCUGUCUCAAGUUCUCCCCAGAGCUCACAGCGCGAGUCAAGGCUCUGUGGUGGCAGUGCAUCGAAUGCAAGACUUGCAGCAGCUGUCAAGAUCAAGGAAAGAAUGCGGACAACAUGUUGUUCUGCGACUCCUGUGACCGGGGCUUCCACAUGGAGUGCUGCGAUCCUCCCCUCACGCGGAUGCCAAAAGGCAUGUGGAUUUGUCAAAUCUGCCAACCCAGGAAAAAGGGAAAGAAGCUUUUACAUGAAAAGGCAGCACAAAUCAAACGGCGCUACAACGCACCGCUGGGACGGCCCAAGAACAGGCCGGGGCGGCCCUUCAAGAAGCUUGGUGGGCGUGGUCGGCGGAAGCGCUCGGCCUCACCCAACUCAUCCUCCAGCUCGUCCUGUGAGGGUUACCCUGGGGACGACCGGCUGCUUUUUUCGCUGCGGGAUGACGACGACCUGUCGCAGAGCAGCCUGCGCUUCAACAACAAGACCAAGGGCCUCAUUGACGCCCUCACAAAGUUCUUCACACCGUCGCCCGAGGGCCGUAAGGCGCGGCAGGAAGUGGUGGACUACUCCCAGCAGUGCCGCAUUCGAAAGAAAUCCCAUCGCAAAGGAGAUGGAGAUGAUAGAGGGGACAAUCAAGAAGGCAGCGACUGGCGUGAUGAAGAUGAAAAACUGCCUGGCCACGAGAACCUGACGGAAAAAGAUAUUGAACUGUUCAGACACAUCCAGGAGCUGGCACUACAGAAAGUCGGGGUGACGGGUCCACCAGACCCUCAGAUGCGCUGUCCGUCAGUCAUCGAAUUUGGAAAGUUUGAAAUCCAGACGUGGUAUUCGUCUCCCUACCCACAGGAGUACAGCAGACUACCCAAGCUCUACUUGUGUGAGUUUUGCCUGCGCUACAUGAAGAGUCGCAGCAUCCUGUACCAGCACAUGAAGAAGUGCAACUGGUUCCACCCCCCUGCCAAUGAGAUCUACAGGAAGGAUGAAGUCUCUGUAUUUGAGGUUGAUGGAAAUGUGAGCACAAUCUACUGUCAGAACCUGUGUCUGCUGGCCAAGCUGUUCCUGGACCACAAGACCCUCUACUAUGACGUAGAGCCCUUCCUUUUCUACGUCCUGACCCAGAACGACGGCAAAGGUUGCCACCUCGUCGGGUACUUCUCCAAGGAGAAGCACUGUCAACAGAAGUACAACGUAUCAUGCAUCAUGAUUCUUCCACAGUACCAGCGCAAAGGCUAUGGACGCUUUCUCAUUGACUUCAGCUACUUACUGUCCAAGCGCGAGGGCCAGCCAGGAUCUCCAGAGAAGCCUCUGUCGGACCUAGGUCGGCUGUCCUACAUGGCCUACUGGCGCAGUGUGGUGUUGGAGUGUCUCCACGAGGUCCGCGAUCGGCAGAUCACCAUACGACAACUUAGCAAACUGACCGGGAUCUGCCCACAGGACAUCACUACCACCCUGCACAGCCUCAACAUGCUGGAGCAGCGAGGAGACAGGAUGGUUCUGGUGCGAAGGGAGAAGCUGGUGAUUAACCACAUGACUCGCCUGAAGGCCCGGCCACGGCAGCUGGAGGUCGACCCCGAGUGUCUCCGUUGGACUCCUGUCAUUGUAACCAACACUGUGGUGUCUGACGCCGAUGGAGAUGAUGACGAUGACGAGGAGGAUGAGGAACCAGAGGAAGACAACCGCAAAGAGAUCAAACCAAGUCACAAGGUCCCACCAAUGUCCUGGCACAUGCGCCAAAAGAAGAAGAGGGACGAGGAGGAGGAAGAGGAAGAGGAAGAAGAGGAGGAAAGAAAGGGCUUCCUGGGGUUUCCGAUUAGCCAAAGCUCUCCAACUUCCCCUCUCGUUCGCUGUCCACCCCCUGUCCCAGAACCAACACGACCCCCUCCCCCAGCAAAUGGGGAACGCAGACCACGGGGACGCCCACCCAAAAACUGGCCUUGGGGGAAGGUGAAAGACAGUGCACGGGUUGGACGACCGCCUAAGAACCGCCCUGUGGAGGACGAGGAUGAUGAAGAUGAGGAGAGGACAGAGGGAGGAAAAACCGCAGGCUCUGCCAGCAGCCCCCCUUCCCUUUUCUCCCUGGACAGACAAGCAGAGUCCACAGCUUUUCACUCACUAGACAUGGCCAGGCCCUCUAUAACCCCUACGCGAAGAGGGCGGCCCCCAAGGAAAAAGAGAGGCCCUAAGCCUAGACUGACAGAAGGGCCUGGAGAGGGGCUGGCACAGCUUCCUGUCGUUUCCAGGUUGAAUGAGUCUCCACCUGUCAGGAAGAGCUGCUUCAGUGAAAGCAGUGAAGAGGAGGAGGAUGACGAUGAUGAAGAUGAUGAAGAGAGAAGGGCAUGCUCUCCACCCAUCCUCACCAAGCCUGCCAUGGGGCUUAAAUGCAAGAAGCCACUGAGGAAGCGUCGCUUUCGCCAGCGUAGCCACCCUCACAGCAGCGUGGUGACAGAGACCAUUUCUGAGACCACAGAGGUGUUGGAUGAGCCCUUUGUAGACUCAGACUCAGAGAGGCCAAUGCCCAGGCUGGAGGAGGAGACGCCCCUGGGCCACCCACUGCACCGCUACCCCCCAGGCCGUUCUGCUCUGAGGUUGUCUGACCCAGCACCCAAAAGGGGCCGGCACUCCAACCUCACAGAUUCAGAGGAAGACGAGUUAACACCUGUGCUGAAGCCCGUGGCUGCUCUGCCAGCAAUGCCAUCAGAGAACCUAUCGUCCAACCCUGAGGUCCCAGUCAAGAAGAAGAAAGGGUGGCCCAAGGGAAAGAGCCGCAAACCACUGCACUGGAAGAAACGGGGACCUGGUAAACCACCUGGGCCCAACCAGCGAGCAAUCACCGACAGCCAGGCCCAAAGUGGGGAUCCUCCACCCCCCAAAAUCAAGAUGAAGCCUGGCCGCAAGCCCCGGAGCUGGUAUCUGCAGCGAGCCCAGGAGGAGGCAGAGAGGCAGGAGCAGGAAAGACUGUUGGAGCAGCAGCUGGACAAAGACCCUCAGCUGCUCCAGACAGAUGAGCGGAAGCGAGUCUGCAGAACCAACACCGACAGAGACAACAAACAGAAAGACUCUGAUGAAGAAGAUGACUUUCUCCCUAAGCCUGUUGAGCAGAAGCAUCACCCACACCACCCCCAUCACCACUCCAAUGAGCUGGACCUGGAGACUAUGCAGGCCGUCCAGUCCCUGACACAGGGGGAAGCCCAGGACGAAGAGACUGAACCCCAGCCACACCACGGGGCCUACCAGGACUGUGAGGAGACCCUAGCUGCCUGCCGGACCCUGCAGAGCUACAGCCACGCAGGGGAGGCGGAGGAGGAGGCCCUGGCCUUAGUGGAGGAGUGCGGGGCGUCGCAACACAGCAGCCCCCUGCCUAAUCCCGCAGUGCCACCCCUGCCCAGUCAAUCUGUGCGCUCGGUGAACAGUCCGGGGUUGCCCUCAAACAUCAUGGACACAACAGCAGCGGGGCAGAGGGGAGGCACGCCUGGCCCCACUGGAGCAGGGGGCAGUGGUGGAGGUGCAGGAGCGGGGUACACGCAGAUCACGCCAGAGCAUCCCAGUUCUCUGUCCGCUCCCUCCCAGCAGAACAUGGAGACGUCGCCGAUGAUGGAUGUGCCGUCUGUGUCGGACCACUCCCAGCAGGUGGUGGACAGCGGCUUCAGUGACCUCGGCAGCAUAGAGAGCACUACAGAGAACUACGACAACCCCAGCAGCUAUGACUCCACCAUGGGCGGAGGGGGCAAUGGAACGGGGAAUGGCGGGAACGGAGGGGGAAUGUCAGCUGCUGUAGUCGCAGGAGCUUCCACAGCUUCCUCCUCAUCAGCCUCCUCUUCAAGCUCGGCCACGCCGUCCUCUUCCUCCCAGUCUAACAGCUGCUCCUUUGUGCCAGCCCCCAGCCUCACAUCUUCCACAGGAACUGGAGGAUCCCAGCUAGCGAUGGGCAGCUGUAGCCUCAUCCAGCAAACAGGACCAGGGCCCAACAGUGGACCAGGGGCCGGUAAUGUAGGGAGUGCUGUGCCCCAGCCACCACCACCCCCACCGCCGUCCAACACUCCCAGCUGUGGCAUCAAGUCUCCUCAGAGCUGUGGUGUGAUCGAGAGGCCGCCCAGCACCAACCAGCAGCAACAGCAGCAGCAGUCCCAAAAAAAGGUUCCUCAGCAGCCCCCUCAGCAACAGCAACAAGCCCCCAACCCUCAGCCUCCACCAUCAGCCCCACCACCACCGCCGCAGCAACAACAGCAGGCUCUGUCCCAGUGUAGCAUGGGCAAUGGCUUUGCCUCCACACCCAUGAUCAUGGAGAUCCCAGAGAGUGGAGGCGGAGGAGGGGGCCGCACCCUGUAUGAGCGCAUGGGUCAGGACUUUGGCACAGGGGGCUACCCCCAGCCCUCAGCAACCUUCAGCCUGGCCAAACUUCAGCAGCUCACAAACACCAUCAUGGACCCCCAUGCCAUGCCCUACUCCCAUUCAGCCUCUGUCACCUCCUACGCCACCAGUGUUUCUCUUUCCAACCCUGGGCUGGCCCCUUCACCCCACACUCCCCUCCCUCAGGGCCAGCCCACUAUGACCCCACCUCCUAACCUUAGCUCUGGCUCCAUGAACCUGGGUUCUCUGCAGUUGCAGUGCAACAUGCCCACCACCAACAUCGGUCUGGGACCCCCACCACACACGCAGCGGCUACAGGGCCAGAUGGCUACAGUCAAAGGCCAUAUUUCCAUCCGAUCCAAAGCCACUCAGCAACUGGCCCCGGCCCCACACCAGCAGCAGCUCUAUGGCCGCAGCUCAGGGGCUGUGGCCAUGCAGGGCACACCGCGCACCUUGGCGGUGCAGCGCGGUAUGAUGCCAAACCUCAUGCCUACGCCAGCACCAUACAAUUCCAUGAACAUGACGUCCCUCAAUGCCAUGUCAGCUGGCUACCGAAUGCCCCAACCCAUGAUGAACAGUGGUUAUCACGGCAAUCCCCCUUACAUGAAUCAGCCAGCCCAGUACCCCAUGCAGAUGCAGAUGGGCAUGAUGGGAGGGCAGGGUUACCCGCAGCAGCCUAUGCAGCCCAAUCACCACGGCAACAUGAUGUACACUGGCCCCUCCCAUCACAGCUAUGCUGGUGUCCCAAAACAGUCACCUUACAUGAGCAGAUGAGCAGCCAAGAACUGAAAAAGGAGACAUGAGGCCAGAGCUGAUACUCGCUGUACUCUAAAUGUCCAUUACUCCUGUUCACCCUCUCCAGUGCCACGACAGGCACCAGUGAGUGAAGGUGGUUGGAGACAGAGAGGGUCUUUGGGUUUCCUGUUUUUCUAUGUUGUCAUUUUGUCCCUUUUUAUUUGGGCUCGUUUUCCCUCCCCUCCCAGCUGGCUGUGUAUGGGAGCAAGUCGAUAGGAUUCCGGGCUGGGGUGUGUACAUGGACCUCGGCCGUACCAUGCUGCUUCAGGCCAGGCCUACACAGUCCUCUGUAAUGUGGUUUCUCACAGGCCCUGGAGCCUCCUCCUCCUCGUGAUGUACAGGAGGAGAGUAGGGGAGGACAAGGAUGACGAGGAAGAUGCACAGAGAAAGACAAUACAGGAGUACCUUGUCUGUUGUCUGACUGCGAAUGAAAAAACAGUGGUUAACUGAAUAUAUUCAACCAUGCACACAAUCUUUUAAUUGAUAUGGGAAGCCUUACCUUGAAAAAAGAGACAAUGAAACAUUGUAGGCGGACUCUUGUUUUGUUAAACAUAAUGUUGAAUCCUAUUUUUGUUGUCGUUGUUUUUGUUGAUUGUUUUUUGAAAUACUCGUGUGCAGUCCGACCUCUUAUAUGCUUUGGUCUUUAUAUGUGUGGCAUUCUGAAAUGGUGAUACACCUCCUUGCUCUCUCAGAAAUACCCAAACAUCUCUGUGGCCAAGCGGUCAGACAGCUUUUCACCUAGUUCCAGAAAAGCAGAGGAGUAGGGCCUACAGUGUUUGAAGUGUCGAGUUGUUUCUAGAGUCUGCUUCCCAGAUGGACGGUGUUGUACCAAAAACAGCAAAGACGCAGAAGGGAGGAGCGCGUUACUGUCUUAUUAUAUGUCCAUAAAUGAAACAAGUAGCAUUAUUUUCCAGUUUGCUGCCACUCUGAAACGUUUAGAUGUAAAUAUUCUGGUACUUCCCAAUAUCCAGCGCACACACACACACACACAAAAAUACACACUGGCUAGCUGUCGCCAAUUGGUGGCUAGCUCAGGAAAGUACAACAUUCAGCUGUUCUUGUCCACACUCCACUGACAGACGGUGUACUAUGUCAGCCUUUUUUAGCAGUUUAGGGAUUGCAGAACAAACUGUGGGUUUUCCAUUUGACUGCUUUAAGGAAAGUCAGUUAACUAGCUGACCUCCCCUCCUUAAGUGUUAGUGACCCAAAGAGGUCGAGGAGUCUGCUUUUGAAUGGUGUAUUUUUUCUGUAAUUUUUUUUUAUUGUAUUUUUCUUUUCUGCGAAAUUCUGCACUCCCAUUGGCUAGAAAUAUGGCGGUAGACAGUUAUCCUUUAUAAAAGGUGUGCCUAAAUGCCUGAUCUAGUGCAUGGUUUGGCCCUCACAUAGAGGCACACUCAUAUGAAAGCAGGGUCGGAGGUGAAGUGUUCGAGGUCCUGUUGGUAAUGGCGUUCAACUGGCAGGGGUGAAACGGUUGACCUUGUUGCUCCAUGUACCAGUAUUCAAAGUCAAAAGAGGAGUUUUCGUUUUCUUACAGACCUGACAUUGCAUACUUUAUUUGUGUGUAUUGUUCUGUUCUGUACUUAUUUUUUGUUGUGUUUCUUUCUGAAUUUUAUCAGACUGGGCAGCUUUCUUUUAUGACACAAGCUGACUCUUUUUGACUUUAGAAAACCUAUUGUAGAGAAAAUGUUUUUUCUAUAAUAUAAAAGGAAACUCUGACAUUGAUAUUGGUACUGUCAUUUUUUUCACUUCUGUUUCAGGAAAAAAAAACAAUACAUAUUUUUUAGCUCGCCUCUUGGGUAAUAAUUACUAAGAAAUUCAAAAUUUAAAAAAAUUACCACUCACUUUUAGUGACUUUAAGAUGCCUUUAACCUCUCCAUUCCAUCUCAUCUCUAGAGUUUUUCUAUCUUUGUGUAGUAUAUUAAUGCUAUUUUAAACAAAAGGACUACAAAUAUCUAAAGGUCACUUGGCAUUCUUUUCUUUAUCUUUUUUUUUUUUUACUUGUGUGUGUAUAGGAUGACUUCCUUACAUUUAAGAGGCAUGUAAAAAGGAGCUCAGUAUAUUUCUGUCUGUUUAUAUCGCUUCCCUUUUUGUAUCCUUUGUAAUUGUACAUGUUGCGUUGUAUGCUAAGAGAGAGCGCAAAAUAAAGAGAGGAGUGACAGCUGGGCACAGUGAAGGUUGAUUUGCGCUCAGCGGCCUCAACUCUCUACUCUGUCCCUGUAUGUAUUUCCAUUUAUUCUGUUUUUUUUUCUUUCUUUCUUAGCAAGUACUUUCAAAGAACUCUGUACAUUUUAACAUAAAAUGAAAAUAAAUUAUGUUGAGCCAUU